GAACGUCGAAAAAUGGAGCGCUGUUCAUUGACCAAACGUUCCCUGCGGACAUCAGUUCACUUACUUACGUAUAUAGCGGAGACGACAAAUACGAACGCAUGGUGUUUAAACGUCCAUUGGAAAUCGACGAAGACGCGCAAUUUAAUGGUAUAGAUGGUACGAUGAAAGUGUCAUUGCCAUGGCAACAGUGGAACGAGAGAUUCUGGCUCCUAUACGCCAUAACAAUCACUUCUCUCAAUGCUAGAUUUCUAGAAAAGGCUAUUCCUGGCUACGGGAGCUUCAGACAGAGUUUUCAAAGGGAUGUUUAUACAGGUAAAUUCCAAUUCAAAAUUUGGCGGUUUGGCGACUGGGAAGAUAUCAUAGUUGACGAUCAGAUUCCAACACUUGACGAUGAACCUGCCUAUUGUCCGGCACUGGGAGAAUACAAAGAAUAUUGGCCAUCACUUUUGGAAAAGGCGUAUGCAAAGUGUUUCAAAGCCUAUGAAGUCCUUGAGCUAGGCAACCCUCUAAAUGCAGUAACAGACUUUACUGGUGCAAUUUGUGAGAUGUUCAGAAUCGAUCAGCUGAAGAACGAAGACCUUUUUCACCUGCUGCAUAAGUCUUGUAUUAACAGAUCUAUGAUAACGUGCUGGAGAAAGAUAUCAAAGCCUUCCCAAGACGGUGUAGAAAUCCUAGCAACACCAUCCAGAGUUGUUCCCAUAGUAACUAAAUUGUCAAAUCAGAGCGGUACAGAUGACAACCAGAGAGGUCAUCUUCACAUUAUAACGUCUGCCGCUAAGUUUCCACUGAAGGAUGGAUGUGUUAAGCACAUGCUCCGGAUUAAGAACCCCUAUGCAAAAUAUGUGAAGCUGCAGUCAAACUUUUCUGACAGUAAUAACUGUGCUUGGAGCAACUUUGACAAGGAUUUCAUGAGGAAGUAUGACCCGCUUGGAAGUAAAGACAUCAAUGAGUGCUGGAUGUCAUUGGAAGACUUCUAUUGUCAGUUUGAUGGUAUUGUAUUGUGUAGUUCGACUGAACCGUUUAAAGAUGGGAGAUAUACUCAAGAGCGAAGAGUUCGAGAUACAAACACUGACCUAUAUGAAACAGAUUCUGAGGGAUUUGGAUGUGUAGUCGAAGACAAUAAUCGCCACUUUAAAGGGCACUAUACAAUCGCCCAGGAGAAUCCAGUAAGUUCCAGGCGGGAAAAUAUACAAAGACUUGCUCACGUUAAACAUUGCUGGACACAGCGUAGACAAUCGUCAAGUGAUUUUACAGCUGUCGGUCAUGAGCACACCGCCAAGAGAGCAGUUGGCGCUGCGCACAUACCACAAAUGUUACGAAUCAGUAUGGACGAUUCAAUGACUAAUGUAUGUCAAACACCGCCCACUCCGAAUAAACAGUGCCUAUCACAAGGCCACUCACUUUCCUCCUUUUCCUUUGGGGGUUCAGCACAAAACCUCUUAGCUAAAGGAGAGUCUAAACAUUCCGUUGGUAGUGCUCAAAGUGUUUCUCACAUCUUCAUGUCUUUUACCCAAAGCCCAAAAUUACAGGAUCAACGAGAUCAUAACUCGGAUGCUGCGUUUAAUGACCUUCACAGUAUGGAGGACACAUUGAAUCAUACUCCACAGAGGAGGCAUUCUCGACCUUGCCUAAGGCCAGUCAAGAAGGAGGAACUCUCAGAAAAGGAGCUCAAGUAUAAAUGUAAUUCUACCUUAUUUGAGUCCAGAAUGGACCAUUUCACUUCACACGGAAGCUGGAAACAACUUCUGUUUCACAAAGGGGAAUGGGGAAAUACAGAUACACCACACGAAUGUAAAAUGGGAAGAUUCGAGAGAAGCUGUCGCAUUCUUUUGACUUUAUCUAAACCAGACGAAGCACCUAGCGGCAAGACAAUAUCACCAAGAGUCCAUUCUGCUAAAACCCAUACUAUCAUCUCCUUAAUGCAAGACUAUAGUCAAGGCAGUCGAAUUGUCAACACAUUUGUCUCCAAGAUUGGAUUUGAAGUCUAUAGAAUUCACAACCCAGUAAAAGAUGAAAAGAAAACUCUCCAGAAACUUCAUAUGGUUGCCGAAAAGACCUCACAACACGAGGAGAGAGAAGUGACUCUACGUUUAAACCUUGAUCCUGGUAGUUAUUUUAUUGUACCAUAUAUCAAGGGAGGCUCUAAGAAAGGCCGGUUCUUGUUGAGGGUGCUUGGGGAUAGCGACCACAGCAGUUCAUUGGUGCAGAAUGGAUGUGUGAUAUCAUAGGAAAAAUACAAAAGUCAAAGUUCGACGCUAAACAAUAUUUCAGAGGAUGUUCCUUACGUCCAGAAUUAAAUUUAAUAUACAGUGCUGAUGUAAAUUGUGAAUGAUACUGUGAGAAAGAGACCUAGUCUCAAAUAUAUAUUUUUAUCUUGAUAUUCUAUAUAGCGGGUCCGAGCAUAAUGUUAGUGCAAACGCCUCUAAGAAAAGGCCCAUUAGUCAAACUAGCGCGUCUCCAUUGGGAGAAUAUAGAUAAAUAAAGAUAUCACUUGGAAUGUGAUGGAUAAUGGAUAUCCAUAGAAAAAUGAUUAGCAAUGGAAUCGACAAUUAAGCCUAAAGACAACGGGUAUCAAAUGACGUGUGUACUGUAUGUACUUGGUACAUUUGUGAAUUGGAAAGUGAAUGUGGACAUAAAUAUCAACCGUGAUGUGAUGGAAGCUGCUCGUUUUGAUAUGAAACCAACCAAGUCAUGUUUUCAAGAUGAUUACAAUGUGGCGUAUAAUACUUUUAUGUUCGUAAUAGCAUAUAAAUAAGCGAUAUUAUACACUUAAUUAACAGGCAUACAUUUGGAUCACAGGGAUUUUUAUAUAACAUAGCCUAUAGAUGAUAUUAUAUUCAAGAUGUGUCUGCAUGAUUAUGAGUUCAGUGUCUCUUUUACAUAACGUUACUAUAAUGACCUUGAUAUAUAGAACAUUAUUAUGUCUUUCAUAUCAUAUUCAGUAAUGACCAGUUACAUGAAGGUACCACAUGGAGGGGACAAUUAUUGGAAACAAU